GUUGGGGCGGUAGGAGGAGCAGGAGGAGGGAGAAGGAAGGAGAUGGCCGACUAGGAGGCAACGUUAGCUACUUCGUUGGCAAGACUCCUAUUACUCAACACAUCUUCACAGCUAAAGUGGGAAGAGGGCGUCGUUAAAUAGCUCACUCCUCUUCCACAAUGGCAGAACAAAACAGCAACGUCAGAUAUCAAGAGCUGGUGAAUGAGGAGGAACCAGCCCAGCCAUCCCAGGAGAGUCCGGCCCAGGACGCACCACCUCCCUACAGCAGCAUUGCUGCAGCAAAUGCAGCUUUCUUUGAAUACAAAGAAGAUGGAGGACGAUUUCCAAACCCUCCAUCCUACAGUGUUGCCACCACUCUGCCCUCCUAUGAUGAGGCUGAGAGAAGCAAAGAAGAGGCAGCCAUCCCCCUGGUCACUGGAAGAGUCACGGAGGAUGACUUUGUGGCCAGGGAUGACUUUGAAGAUGCCGACCAGCUGCGAAUAGGAAAUGACGGCAUCUUCAUGCUCACUUUCUUCAUGGCAUUCCUCUUCAACUGGAUCGGCUUCUUCUUGUCGUUCUGUUUGACCACGUCAGCCGCCGGCCGAUAUGGGGCCAUCUCCGGCUUCGGCCUGUCCCUCAUCAAAUGGGUUCUCAUCGUCAGGUUUUCUACCUACUUCCCUGGCUACUUUGAUGGACAGUACUGGUUGUGGUGGGUGUUCCUGGCCCUGGGCUUCAUGCUGUUCAUCAGGGGCUUUGUUAAUUACUCCAGAGUGCGUAAACUCGCUGAUCCCACCUAUGCCACUCUUCCCCGAACAAGGGUACUCUUCAUCUAUUAGAGGAUGUUUGAUUUUGCAGAACUGGGCGCGUCCAACUCGAGCAGAAACUCUGUGAAGAGUUUCACAUGGUAAGUGAGGACACUCAACCAGAAAUCGGCCAGACGAGUUAUAGAUGAAAACGACUCUCAAUAAAAUAUUCAGGAAUUAUAUCACUUUGUUUUAUUUUGUUUUGAAACUUUAUUAAUGGAAAAUGGUUAACAGUAAUAGUCCCUUGAUGUACUCAUUAGUGGCGAAUGUUAAGUGCUAUUUACAUCUCUGUCUGUAAUGUAUAAGUAAUGCCUUAUAUCAUUUGAUGGUAGCGUAUGAGCAUGCAUCUGCCCUUAAGGUCAAUUAAUAGGAAGUGUCUCAUGUUGGUGACACUCGAAGCCAACAGGUAUUAAUUAAUACAACACUCUGUAGGUUUGCCACAGCAUGCAGCACACUUUGUAAUCUGCACUAAUCAUGGUUUAAUUGUGACUGGUAGAGGCUGUUUGUUUUUUUUCAGACACCACGUACACGGAAAAAACGAGCUGUCGUUAGGCUUUAAAUGCUGAUAUAACACAUUUCACCUGUUGGCUUUAAGUAGUGUUGCCCUUUUGUUUCGCCAAGAGGGGGCAGUGUUGUCUGCUGCUUUUAGAAACCGCUCAUUAAGAGCAUUGUCAUAAUAUAUCAUACAUGCUUGCAAUUUAAACGCAGUGUCGAUGAAGCACAUUAAAAUUACAUCCAUGUAUCAGAUGUUAUGAUUUUGCCCGUUAGAUAUUUUGUUGAACAUUAAAUCAGGUGAAUCUAUCCACACUGGAAAUGAAAUUUAGGUUCGACUAUUUCUUAGAUGACCUGGUGGUUUGAGUUCUUAAACAUGCCAGAAACCAGGCGGCCACAAAUGUCAAGCGACUCCCCGGAGCGGCUCAGGGUUGACCGGAGGGUGAGGGGAUUUUGGACGGUGACAGCAACCAAGAUGAUAUAUUUUUCUGGGCGUGUGAGCACAUUUUCUGGUUCAAGUCCUUAAAAAGCUCAUGUAAAUGUAACUGCCUGACCUCCCCGUGACGCUUCAGUGAGUCAGCAGCAUCUUGAUCAUUGUGAGCGGAAAAUCUUUGUGAUUAUAGAAAAGAGUCUCUGUUGUCUGGAUCUCAGCUGUUAAUGAUCUCGCUCAGACGUUUGAUCGAAUUAUCUAAGCAUAAAAAUGACUCAAAUUCCAUUUCCAGGUGGGUUUUUGCCUUAAGAUUUAAUCGACAGAUGGGGAAAGGAAACCUGUUUUGUUUUUGUUAUUCUUUUUUGAAAAUGAGGUGUAAGAUGUUGGCUAUCUUGUGGGUAUCACAACUAUAUCAAAGAAUGUUGUAUGCAGGUGCACUUUUAGAAACAUAACCAGUAAAACCCGGAGGAAGCCUCCAUCAUUACUUUUAGUCCCAGACACAAAAAACAAGAAAUGGCUUUAGUUUUAUACACUGGAGGAAGUUCUUGAUCCAACUUCUGUCGUCAGUGCAAGGAGUUAAUAUGGAUUUUAGUCUGGUCCAGCAAACUAAAUUGUUUGCCUCAUCAGUUGACUUAAUAUUUCUGCCAUGGCUUUGAUACAGACUCAUUAUGCUUAUGUCUAUGUGAUGUAGAGCUGCAACCUUGGGGUUUUGUUGUUAUGAAACUGUACAGAAAAUGUUUAGUGUUAAAUAAAUGUCACUUUUAAUGCGUCA